AUGGUGGUUCUAUCUGAACUUCCAGAAGGAUCUUCAUCUUCUUCAUCACCUCAUGGUUAUAGUUCAUCAGCUCAUGUUCCUACUUCAUCAACUCAUGGUUAUAACUCAUCAACUCAUAAUCAUAGAUAUGACGUAUUUUUAAGUUUUAGAGGUGUUGACACUCGUCAUAGUUUCACUGAUCACCUUCAUAAGGCCCUCAUUCAUGCCAACAUAACUACCUUCUUGGAUGAUGAAGAGAUCGACACAGGGGAGGAUCUGAAACCGGAACUAGACAGUGCGAUUAAGGCAUCUCAGGCUUCUAUUAUUGUGCUGUCUAAGAAUUAUGCUUCUUCAACAUGGUGCCUGGAUGAAUUGGUGCUGAUCCUUGAGCAGCAUAUGACAUCCAACCAUAUUGUCAUCCCAAUAUUUUAUCAUGUGGAGCCCACACAUGUCAGGAAGCAACAAAGUAGCUUUGGAGAUGCAAUGGCUAAGCAUAAACAGACAAUGGAGGCAGAGACAAAUGCAAAUAAAAGAAGUCAAUGGGCUCAAAAGAUGGACCGAUGGAACAAAGCGCUUACUCAAGUUGCUGAUUUAAAAGGGAAUGAGAUAAAUGGCAGGUUGGAGACAGUGUUUAUUGAAGAAAUUGUGAAGGACAUCCACCGUAGAUUACAUGUACACUUAAGGAGCGUUCGGCCACAACUUAUUGGGAUGAAGUAUCAUAUUAACUUUGUAACUUCAUGGUUGAAAGAUGGAUCCUCGCAUACAGCAGACAUACUUACUAUUUAUGGUAUAGGCGGGACCGGGAAGACAUCUUUAGCCAAACAUGUCUAUGGGCUAUAUUCUCAUGAAUUCCACACAAGCAGCUAUAUUGAAGAUAUCACCAGGAAAUGUGAUGGGAAGUUUAAUGGGUUGCUUGAUUUACAAGAACAACUCUGCUAUGACAUUUCAAAAACAAGUUCAAUUAAAGCUCAUGCUGUUUCAGUAUACACCGCAAAGAUAGAGAAUGCACUAGCACGUAAAAGGGUGUUUCUAGUUCUUGAUGAUAUCAGUACCCUUGUUCAGUUGGAUGCACUACUUGGAAGCAAAGGCUUUCAUCCUGGAAGCAAAGUUAUAAUUACAACAAAGGACAAUUGGUUGACUCAGAGUUGUUCUUUAUUUAAAACAAACAUUAAACCCAAGCAUGAAAGGCAUUUGCUUCGAGGCUUAGAUUAUUUUGCAUCGCAACAACUUUUGUGUUCCCAUGUAUUCAUGUGCAACCAACCCAAGGCGGGAUAUGAAGAGAUGUCUGAUAAGCUUGUGAAGUAUUGUGAAGGACAUCCAUUGGCUCUUGAAAUUUUGGGAAAGUCUCUACAUAAUCGAGAUGUAGCUUAUUGGGAAGGGUGCAUCGAAGGGCUAAGGAAUGAAAUUAGUUCCCCUAUCAAUAAUGUCUUGAAAAUGAGCUUCGAUUCCUUGCCAUCAAAAAACGAUAAGGAGUUGUUUAAGCAUAUUGCUUGUUUUUUUGUUGGACUAGACAAAGAUGUUACCGCAACAAUAUUAGAGGCAUGUGAUAUAAACACAAGAUCCGGGAUCACGAAUCUCAUUGACAGAUGCCUUCUUAGUAUAGGACGAAAUAAUGAAUUGACGAUGCAUCAGUUGGUUCAAGAGAUGGGAAGAUUCGAAGUACGCCAAGAAUCACUUGACAAGCCAUGGAAGCGAAGUCGAUUAUGGUGUCAUAAGGAGUCAUUCAAAGUGUUGAAACAAAAGAAAGGUAAGGGAAAUCUUCUAGGCCUCACCAUUGACAUGUGCAUGCUUGAGAAAGAGAAGUUAGGUGUAUCAUAUGAGCUGAAAAUAGAUGCAUUAAGUAACAUGGAUAAUUUGAUGCUACUACAACUCAAUUAUGUGCGAAUGGAUGGGUCUUAUAAGAAUUUUCCAGAAGAAAUAAGAUGGUUGUGUAUGCAUGGGUUUCGUUUAAAGUCUAUACCUUUAGACUUACCGAUGAUGAAUUUGGUUGCUCUUGACAUGUCAUAUAGCAAUAUUGAAUCAUUUGUCGGUUGUUAUAAUAAUCCACAAUGGCUUGAGAAGAGGCAAAAUUUUGAUGGAUCGUUCUUAAAAGAGAAAAGGUUGCUUGGAUCAUUGAAGAUUCUUAAUUUAAGUUUUUGUAAACAACUCCGUAGUCUUGGUGAUUUUGACCAACUUCCUGCACUUGAGAGGUUAACAGUUAGAAAUUGUAUUGGUUUGCUCGAGAUAUGUGAAUCAAUCGAUCAAUGUGUUGAACUUGUCUUCAUCGAUUUGAGCUAUUGCAAGAAGCUUGAAAAACUUCCAAGAAACAUAGGCAUGCUGAAGAAUGUUAAAACAAUGUUGCUAGAUCGUUGCAGUCCUGGUGGAUCUCCAAUCCAGAAUUGGGAUAUGGAAUUGGGCAAGGCUAACAAAAUUGACAUAAAUACAAAAACCUUUUCCCCUGCCUUUGUGGGUGCCAUACCAAGUGAUUUGAAGUUGUUUGCAAGUUCUUUACCGAGUUCUCUAGUAAGUUUGUCAAUUGCAAAUAGUAAUUUGUCCACUAAAUCCUUUCCCAUGGACUGGAGUUGCCUAUCCAUGUUAAUGGAAUUAUAUUUAGAUGGCAAUCCUAUAAAUUCCAUGCCCAGUUGUGUGAGAACCCUUCCUAGGCUUGAGAUACUUGCUAUGAGGGACUGCAAUAAAUUGAAGUUAAUUGAGCAUCCUGUUGGGCUAGUGAAGCCAUAA